AUGGCCCACGUCGCCGAGCAGUUAAAGGACCGCGGCAACCAGCACUUCAAGAACGGCGACUACGUCAGCGCCGAGUCUCUGUACACCCAGGCUAUCCAGCGCAACCCGUCCAACCCGCUCAUUUUCACCAACCGUGCAAAUGCUCGCAUGAAGCUCGGCCACUAUGAGGACGCCAUCGACGACUGCCUGAAGAGCAUAGAGCUCACGAAGAGCAAUAUGAAGGCGUAUACUUUUCUGGCGAAGUCGCAACUUGCCCUGAAUCACCCGAACGAAGCGCUUUCCUCCGCCCUGGUCGCCUACGAUCUUUGCAUAAAGUCGACGACGCCGACACGCGAUGCCCAGACCAUCUCGGCGCUGGUGUUGCAGUGCAAGAAGAGCAAGUGGGAGGGCAGGGAGAGGGAACGGCUGAGGAGGAAGAAUCCGUUGCUGGCGGAGCUGGAGGAUAGGAUUGAGGCCUCGGCAAACCAGGAGCAGGUCAUCAUAAGUGAUAAGGCGAGCAGGGGUGAGCUGGGUGCUGUGGCGGCGGUUGAGGAGCGUACCAUCCUUGAGAGGACCACGCAGCAGAAGAUUGAGGAUCUCAGGUCCAUCUUUGCCAUUGCAGACCCGAACAACAUGGCCAAGCGGGAAGUACCGGACCACCUCAUUGACAACAUUUCGUUUGAGAUUAUGCAUGAUCCUGUCAUUACGAAGAACGGCCAUUCCUAUGAGAGGGCGACUCUCAUCGAGCAUCUGAAGCGCAGCCCGACUGACCCUUUGACUCGCGAGCCAUUGAAGAUUGAAGACUUGCGGCCUAACAUCGCAUUGCGGGAAGCAUGCAGCGAGUUCUUCGACAAGAAUUCCGGUUGGGUCUACGAUUGGUGA